AACACUUGGUAAUUUUGGAAUGUAGUCUUACAGAGGAAACCUGCUUUAUUUUUUUCAUUAGUAGCGAGGGAUCUUUUAUAUGCACUAUCCUACAGACAGGAUAGCACAUACCAUGGUAGACAGUUACAUGCCAGAAAAGUCCAGUGUAGUGUCUAAAAGUGUUGGAAGACAAUAUACAAAUAAAUUUUAUCAUAUAGACAAAUAUGAUCAUUCUGUUCAGUACUGCAUCCUCUAUGCAAGUUUUUGAAAUUGCUACACAAUUCUAAAAUGUUAAAUAGUAGCUGGUAAUGAAAAUUGUGAAUUUAAUAACACCGUCACUAUUUAAAAUUCUGAAAACCAAAUGUUACUUUAUGGAAAAUGAACGUGAUACUUAUUAUUGCACAGCAAUAAUUAAAAUUUUAUCAGCUAUUUAAUUUGAGGAGCUAACAAACACUUGAAGAAGAUUUUCAGUUUUGCAGACAUCACAUUGAAUAUAACAAACUUAUAGUUAGCAUGAGAGAGAUGAAGCUGAUAGCAGAGGGUCCAUAUAAUAUUUUUAUUUAUUUAUCAGGGAAAAAACAAAAGGACGGCAAAGACAAAAAGAAGGAAAAGAGUAAAGAUAAAGAGGAGGAGGCAGAUUCGGAAGAAGAAACAGAAAUGAAAACAAAGAAAACAAAGAAGAAAGACAAGAAGACGAAGGAAAAGAAGAAACAUAAAGUAAAGGAAGAAGAGAAGGAUUCAGAGAAUGAGGAUGACAAAGAUAAAGGGAGAGAAUCAGAGAAGGAAGAUGUCAAGGAGGAAAAUACCAAAGAAGAAAACAAAGAGAAGGAAACUCCACCUCCACCGCCAGCAAAGAAAAAGUCCCGGUUUUGUACCAUCUUAUGAUGUUCCUCAACAUGGAUAAUUUACAUCAUGGUUCAUUGACGUGGGACUAUUGCGACGAUGCUACAAUGACAUCAUGGUGCAGUGAUGUGGUACACUGAUAUCGGUACAUUGAGAAGAUGAUUUGUGAUCUGUGUGGUCCGUCUAAACACUCUCAAAGGCAGCAGACUCUUUGAUCACAAUGUUUUGAUCAGUGAAUUACUAGGUAGUCCGUAUAAUACAAGAUGGGUUAGUUUGUAUACAGCCUGGUAUUCCCUAAACCAGUGAUAAGUAUCUUCCUUAUUUAUAUACGUGCUAGUGCAACUAUGUAUGUUAGUGGUAUGUUAAAACAGAACAACAUCAAGUGAACGUGAUGGUGUGUGAUCACAUUGGAAUCUGUCAGUAUGAACACAUGGAUUGUAUGAACUUAGAUAUGUUUCAUUCUUCACCUUCACAUUAGCAACUGUAUCUUGUCAGAAUGAAAACAUUGAUUGUAUGAACUAAGAUAUGUUCAUUUUUAAUGUUCAUAUUACAAUAUAUGUAUUUUAAGGGUGCACACAUGGAUUGUAUGAACUGAUAUGUGUUCAUUUUUAAUGUUCACGUUAGAAUAUAUGUGUUGUGUGCACACAUUGGUUGUAUGAAUUAAGAUAUGUUCAUUUUUAUAUGCCCGUCUAAGGGUUGUAUUAUGGUAUGGUGUUGUCCGUCCAUCUAUCCGUACAUACGUACAUCAAUCUGUUUACUUUUUCUUGUCCGGAUCAUAUCUUGCAUGCAGGACCAUCAAACCUCACAUAUAGGAACAACUUGGGAUGGUGGUGUGUCGCGUACUAUUACUAGGUCACUGACCUAGUUUUCACUGCACAUAAUAGUAAAUCCUUGUCCGGAUCAUAUCUUGCAUACAGGACUAUCAAACCUCACAUAUAGGAACAACUUGGGACGGUGGUUGGUCCACAUGGGUUGUAAGAACUAACAAUAUAGAAACAACUUGGGACGGUGGUUGGUCCACAUGGGUUGUAAGAACUAACAAUAUGUUUAUUCUUACUGUUCGGACCUGUAUUGUUAGUAUGAAUACCAAUUAUGUGAACUAUAAGUAUGGAUCUGUGUCGUGGCAGAAAGUGAAGAAAUAUAAACUUGAAGCAUGUUCAGUUUUGUAGCGUUAACAUUAGAAUCUCUGUUAACAAGAUGAGAACAAUUAUAUCUACUAUAAGAUCAUUUCAGUGUAUGAACUGUUUAUGUUAACUAUUAUAUUCAUUUUACAGAGUUCACAUUAGUAUAUCUAUCUUAUCAUUAUGAACACAAUGAUUUUGAGAGCUAUGAGUGUGCUAAUUUCACUAUUCACAUUACCCGAUCUUUAUUGUGAAGAGGAAGUUAUUAUUGUACAACAUGAAAUUAAGGCGAGUAUAAAGUAAAGCUGCCAUUACAGAAGCUAUUUUUGAACAAUGGCUGUUUAAUGAUACGAAGUGAAAUAAAACUUUUAUCAUU